AUGGACUUCUUCCGCAAUAGAUGGAAUUCCGAGCGACUGGACCUAGACGGGUUCAAGAAGUUUGUUCAAGAGUGGCGCACUCGCUACACCUUCCUCGACUUCGAAUUUCACGAAGCCCUUGCCACGCCUGAUGUCAACGACGAAGAGGGACGUGGAGGCACGAUCGGCUUCGCGCUGAAGGGACGCGUCGUGUCCAAGGAUGACGGGAAGAUGUAUGGAGGAAAGGCCCAUGCCAUCUUCAAGGUCGAAUGGAUUGGAGAUCGUCGGGUCAUCACCAGAAAUGCUCAGGUCUUGCAGGGACCCUACGUGGUUGAGGAUGAAAGAUAA